AUCAAAACAAGCAAUCCAGUAGUUCUGUGACACUUGGCAUUCUGCAAAACCACCAGCGAGAAAAAACAAGCGAACAUCACCACCAUUAGGAGUCAUGAAGCAUUAACGAUGGUCCAGUACAAUGUAGUUAUGACAUUUUUCAGUCUUGUUUCGUUUCUUGGAUGGUUGUUUUACAUUUUAGUCGUAUUUUCAUCACAGGGACAGAGUUAUGUUUCGUCGUGGUUUUCGAAUUCGUUAUUUGUGCGUAAGCGAAUGUCAAUAUGGCACGACCACAAAUAUUAUCAUUUUCCAGAAUCAGAACGAUUACGACGAAUUGAGGACGUUAAACGAAUGUUUCAAUUUGGUUACGACAACUACAUGAAGUAUGCAUUUCCUUUAGAUGAGUUAGACCCUAUACAUUGUACUGGUCGGGGUCCAGAUCGAGAUAAUCCGGGAAAUCUAAAUAUUAAUGAUGUUCUUGGAGACUUUUCGCUGACAUUGAUAGACAGCUUAGAUACUCUUGCAAUAAUUGGGAAUGCCAGUGAAUUCCAGAAAGCUGUGCAACUCGUCUCAGAAACAGUAUCAUUUGAGAAAAAUUCUACUGUCCAAGUAUUUGAAUCAACAAUAAGGAUAAUAGGGGGGUUAUUAUCAGCGCACCUGCUCAUCUUGGAUCCUCUCAAGCCGCUGGGGGAUCUUGCCCCUCCAGACUAUGACAACAAACUGCUUCAUCUCGCUCAUGAUCUUGCCACAAGACUUCUUCCAGCCUUUGAAAACUCUCCAACAGGGCUUCCCCAUCCAAGAGUGAAUCUAUGCACAGGUGUCCCUGAGGGAGGGAUCCAGGAGGCAUGCACUGCUGGAGCCGGCUCCUUGCUCCUGGAGUUUGGACUCCUAAGCACCCUGGUGGAGGAUCCAGUCUUUGAGAGCCUUGCCAGGAAGGCAGUCACUUCACUGCUGGAUAAGAGGUCUAACCACACAGGGCUGCUGGGUAAUGUGAUGAACAUUCAGACCGGUCAAUGGGUUGGUGUUCAGAGUGGUUUAGGAGCAGGCCAAGAUUCUUUCUAUGAGUACUUAUUAAAGAGUUUCAUCAUGUUUGGCGAUCAAGAGUACCUGCAAGCAUUUAAUGAAGUGUAUGGCAGUGUCAAGAAGUACAUGAGAAAAGGACGUAAACAUUGUAGAUCUGGUGUCGGUGAUAGUCCACUGUAUGUCAAUGUCAACAUGAACACAGGAAACCUCAUGAACAACUGGGUUGACGCAUUGCAAGCGGCCUUCCCUGGUAUCCAGGUACUGGCCGGUGAUCUGGACGAGGCUAUAUGUAGCCACGCCUACUACUAUGCCAUCUGGCGAAAGUUCAGCGCCCUGCCGGAGAGGUUUGAUUGGUCCCGUAAGAACGCCAAUAUACUCUUCUACCCCCUGCGGCCUGAGCUUAUAGAGUCUACUUAUCUUCUUUAUCAGGCGACUGGUCAUCCCUUCUACCUCUUUGUAGGGAGUGAUAUAAUGGAUAGCAUCGAGACGUACACAAAGGCAAAAUGCGGGUAUGCAACUCUUCAUAAUGUUAUCACCAAGACAAAAGAGGACAGAAUGGAAAGUUUCUUCCUCAGUGAGACCUGCAAAUACCUUUAUUUGCUAUUUGAUAAAGAUAACUAUAUCAACAGAGCAGCUUCAAAGUAUAUCUUCAACACAGAAGGCCAUGUGCUUCCCAUCAAGAGCCAGUAUAGAUCGAGAGAUUGGUGGCAAUAUAAUUCUGAUACUUGUCUGUUCAACAGAUCAUGUGAUAAAGGAAAGGAACAAAAUAAUACUGAGUGCAUUGGUGUAUCGAAGCAUUCACUGCCUCUAGACAUCUCCUACCUCGAUCAGAUUGAUCAUAUGGUUGGAUUAUGACACAAACACAGCCCGCAUGGUUUCUAGACUGCCUGCAUCGCUAGACCUACCUGCCAGUACAGUUUGCUACUCAGAGUACAAAGUUUAGUACUGAAUGUUACAACCCCUGGCAUAGCAGUAAAUCAUUGAAUGAGUAACCUACCUAACCAUUGCACAUAGUGAAAAGAGGAACAGCUGCAUUAUAAUUAUGUGCUAUGGUAUGAAAUAGAAGUAUAAUAAGAUAAUUUAAUCAUUAUUUUUUACAAUUUUCAUUUGAUGGGAGAUGUAUUUCACAAUGGGAUAGAUAUCUGCUUUUUGAAUAAUUUAUUACAAGAUGGAGAGGCCUUUUAAUUUGUGAAUAGUUUGUUUACGGAUGUUAAUUAUUUUAAGAUUCAAGUGAGUGAUGUGA